CGCUGUUCUGGAUAAAUUGGCUGUUGCGACGGGAUAAGUAAAAGAAUAAACACUUUUUUAGAAAGAAGUGCUGCUCACUCUCUCCGAGCUUUUAUUAAAGCCCUUCCCUACACCGCUUUAGAAGAACCUAUUCAACCCGAACCGGUUAUGUCAGGCAGUGGAGAGAAGGAAAAGCCCGUGCGUAAGAACGGAGCAGGGAUGUGCAAAGCACAGCCGGACGAUCCGCUCAGCAAUUUAGGUGUCCAGGAUGAUGAGGACGUACAGGCCAUGCUGCAGGGAACGCCGAUGUUGAAGGUGCGCUCUCCCCGUUGGCAGAGGCACCGCACGCUUCAGCUUCAGGACGAUGGCGUGACGGUGCGCUGCGAGUCUUCCAAGAGCUUCAGCAAGCCCAAAUCCUUCUCGGUGAUGGAAGUGGAGUGUGUGCGGGAGGGCUGCCAGUCGGAGACGCUGCGGCGGCUGGCCGGCUCUCUGCCCGAGGAGCACUGCCUCACCAUCAUAUUCAAGGGGGGCCGUAAGAGUCUGGACCUCCAGUGUGGCAGCCGGGAGGAGGCGCAGUGCUGGGCCCGUGGUCUCCGCACACUCCAGGAGUGCAUCAGCAACAUGAGCCAGUCGGAGAAACUCGACCAUUGGAUCCAUGCCUACCUGAGGCAGGCAGAUUUGAACCGUGAUGGGAAGAUGACGUAUGAUGAAGUGCAGACUCUCCUUCAGAUGAUCAACAUAGACCUCAAUGAGCAAUACGCGUUUGGCCUGUUCAAGAAGUGUGAUCAGUCAGGCGAUGACCGCCUGGACCACAGUGAGAUCGAGCUGUUCUGCCGAGAGCUGCUGCGUCGACCCGAGCUGGACGCUGUCUUCCAGCAGUACUCCUCUAAUGGGCGCGUGCUGUCCACCGUGGACCUGCGGGACUUCCUAAAGGACCAGGGAGAGGACAGCAUGCUGGUGCACGCCCAGAGCCUCAUCCUCACCUAUGAGCUCAACGAAUGGGCUCGGAACAACCAGCUCAUGACGGCCAACGGCUUCACCAUGUACAUGCUGUCGAAGGAGAACGACGUGUUCGAUCUGGAGCAUGGCAGGGUCUGUCAGGACAUGAGCCGGCCCCUCAGCCACUACUUCAUCUCCUCUUCUCACAACACGUACCUCACCAAAGACCAAGUCAUGAGCGAGAGUAGCACGGACACCUACGUCAGAGCACUUAGCCAUGGUUGUCGCUGUGUGGAGCUGGACUGCUGGGAUGGUGAUAAGGAGCCUGUGAUUUGCCAUGGCCACACCCUCACGUCUAAAGUGCCUUUCAGAGAGGUGGUGGAGACCAUCGCUGAAUACGCCUUUAAGGCCUCGCCCUACCCUCUGAUUCUGUCCCUGGAGAACCACUGCUCGUUGGAGCAGCAGGCAGUCAUGGCCCAGCAGUUGCGCAGCAUUCUGGGGGACAAGCUGCUCACUAAACCCCUCAGCGACCAGACCUGUGAGAGCCUUCCAUCUCCAGAGGAUCUGCGAGGGAAGGUCCUGGUGAAAGGAAAGAAGGAACACAUGGAGCAGGAGUCCAGCUCCUCAGAGUCCAGCUGCUCAGAGGACGAGUCCAAGGCCGAGGACAGGCCCAAGGCCAGGAAAGACAGCAGGAAGUGUCUGUGUGCCUCUCCUGCCAAGGUGUCCAAGCUGAGUCCAGAGCUCUCAGACCUGGUGGUCUACACCCACAGCGUUCCCUUCAGGGGCUUUGACCAGGCGGCUAAACGGCUCCCCAACGAAAUGUCCUCCUUCUCCGAGAGUGAGGCUCUCAAACACAUCAAAAACUCAGGGAAGUUCUUUGUGCAGCACAACAGCCGGCAGCUGAGCCGGAUCUACCCGUCGGGUCAGCGGCUGCAGUCCUCCAACUACAACCCUCAGGACAUGUGGAACGCCGGAUGCCAGCUCGUCGCCCUGAACUUCCAGACCCUGGGCGAGCAGAUGGAUCUGAACCAGGGCCGUUUCUUGCCCAACGGCCGCUGCGGGUACGUGCUGAAGCCCAGCUUCUUGUGCCAGGCUGACUCCGAGUUCACCCCUGAGAACACGGGCAGGGGUCCGGGGCACGAGCCCACCCUCCUCACUAUUAAGGUCAUCUCAGCCCAGCAGCUGCCCAAACCAGACACAGAGAAGCUCAACUCCAUCGUGGACCCUCAGGUGUGGGUAGAGAUCCAUGGGACUCCCAUAGACAAUAACAAGAAAAAGACACACCGCAUCAACAACAAUGGUUUUAACCCCAGGUGGGACUGCACCUUCAAGUUUCUCCUGCACGUGCCUGAGCUGGUCCUAGUGCGCUUUGUGGUGGAGGACCAUGAUUACGCCACCCGGAAUGAGUUCCUGGGCCAGUUCACGCUACCUUUCUCCAGCAUGCGUGCAGGUUACCGGCACGUGCGGCUGCUCGGGGCGGACGGUUCCAGCCUCUCUCCCGCCAGUCUCUUUGUUCACGUCAAGGUCACGCCUAACUACAGCAGCCCCAAACACCCUGCCUCACCCAAUGCCUAACCGAACCCAGCAGAGCCAGAUGCUGCCACUCGGACCCUGUGCUGGAUUGCGGUGCCUGCCAAACAUUUUGCUGGAAUUCUUGCAUAUCCUUACAUUUGUUUCAGUGAGCGUGACUGUGUGGAGAUCAGCCACAGAGACCAAGUAGAAGAAACACCAGAGUGGUUUCAUGUAGGUAAUAUAGAACGCCAGUUUGUUUUCGUUAAGGUCCCCGCAUGAACCAAAGGAUAUACAUACAUUUAUGAAGAACUGAAAACAGGUCAGAAUAUUUAUGAUAGUAUUAUGCAAUGUAGCUAAAUGUAGCACGUUUAAACUGUAGCUUAUAUACUAAUAAAGUUUUCUUUAUAUCUCAAAAGUUAUAUCUUAAUAACUUUCACUAUGCAACUGAACAAUGGAGUGCAGUGUGUAAGCCAAAGACAUGGCUGGGAUCAAAUCCCCGCUGUAAUGCAGUAAGAAACGCAGGGAUCUAGGGGUUGUCCAUCCUGGGCCCUCCCUAAUGUCCCGGGAGACCGCUGAACUGAAACACGGGAAACUAGACAGGUCGCCUUUCCCUUUUAGCAGACAUUGGGGUAGACUUGCACUCGUGGGUGGUCGAGAGCUUUCCUGAAGCUUCAACAGAUUUGGGUUUUAGAUGUGGUUGCAGGAUAUUCUAAAAAAGAAUAGUGUGUAAUUACACACAGCGUGGCACUUUCAGGCCUGGUACGAGCUGUGCGUACAGGGACCCUAUCAGGGAAAAUUUAAUUUCCCUUGGUUUAUUAAAAUAAAAAAUUUUGAAGCAAUAUGUUAAUAUUGUUACAGUUUCAAAAUACACUGUUCAUGUCCCCAGUCCAUACAUUCCACAUAAAAACUGCCUGUUUUCAAAUCACUGUUUCUCUGAUGUCGAGAUUGUGGGUUUGUGCAUGUGAGGGUGGUAAUCAUCUUUUUUUUUCUUAUUUUUCACAUUAACAAAAGUGUAUGUUUGUAAGUGUACUGAAGCUGACGUCAUGAUCGGCCACGCCCUAGCGUCCUAUUGCCAUGGUUACCGUGUGUCAUGUCUGUUUUGCUUUGCUUCCUUGAUGUGGUUCUGGUUCUUAUUUUUGUUUUCUCCGCCCCUCUGGAGUUUCACGUCUUUAGUGCUCAUUUGCCCUAAUGUAUCAUGCAGUCAGUGUUCAACCCUAGCUGCUCUUUGGGUCAUUCCUAACCUCGGUGUGUUGUUCCAAGCAUCACAUUUUCUUGUUUGUUAUUGCUAGUGUUAGUUAUUUGUUAUUAUCGUUGCUUGUGUGUUGUAGUCUGAUACCCCUUUUUUCAUACAGAGUUUCUUUUUAAUCGUCAUGUAUUCCUGGCCUCUCCGCAUUGGUUCUAUGAUCCUGGACUGUUCAACGACUAUGGCUCUGGAUUUGAGCUAAUUUAUCUAAUAAAUCUCGCUCUUCUCCGCACAUGCAUCCACCUCUUAACCAUUUAAUGUUACAGUUCAUCUGAUAUGGACAUUGUACGACAUUGAACCCCCAUGACAUCCUUCAGUUUUUAGCCUGCUUGCAUUGUCAAAUUCCAAAAAAUCAAAUAUUUUUACUGUGCAAAAAAUUUAAGACAUUUUCAUUUAUAAAGAACUGCAUCCAGCUGCUACCCACCUGAUGGUUCUCAAGUUAGUCAAAUAGAAACAAUUCCAGGGUUCAACUCUUGGUGAACUUUCUUUAUUUAAAAUCUCAAAAGACACUUCUUAUUAUGAUAAUUCAAGAAAAUCUGAAUAACUAAAUUCAUUACCAGUAGUGAAUGAAAAAUGCUGGAUGUGGAACCAGGAGUGGAACCAUCCUGAAAAUGGCAACUCAGAUGUGACCAUAACUUUGUAUGGAGUUUGUAAAGUGUAGGUUUGUUUCAUACUGUGAAUACCUACUGUAGUAUCGCUGUAGUAUGCUUUCAAAAAUGCUAUGUUAAACAUUGCUGGCCCAUCAAUUAGAAAUGAUCUCAAACACACACGUACACCAGCGUUGCCGUAACUUUUGCUUAUUAAUUGUACAGGUGUUAAAAAUCGGAAGCUGUUUUAUGUAGUAGAUAAGUGUAGUAUCUUUUUUAAUUAUAGAUGUUUUUUUCAGGUUCAGAUAAUGGACGUAACAUAGACGUAUUGUACUUUACCCCCUUAUGGCAUCCUUUUUAUAUUCAUAGAUUGGUUUAUAUCAUUCUUCUUAGAUUCUCCUUUAACACUAUCUUCAAAGUUGACAUUUGGGACUAGUGAGACCAUACAGUGGGUUUUGUAUAGAAAUGCUAGUUCUUUAAUGACUCCGUUUAAUAGUCCUGUUUAAUAGACCAUUAGACUUACAAGGCACUUAUUGUUUUGUUUGUUUGUUUAUCAAUAUCUGAAAAAUGUCACUAACAUUGCUAAAGGGGAUGAAGGCCUAUUUGCACAGUUAAAGUUAUUAGAAAUUCAUCUGUCCAUUUCCAACUGUCUUAUUCUCAUUUAAAAUGGUCACCACACAUUAGCUUGCUACAUGAUACAAAGAUGUAUGUCAUACAGCUUGUCUGAUAUAAAUUACAACUGUAAGACUUUCAUAUAUUAAACGGCAACAUAUUGUUUCUCUUCAGACAUGCAAAUAAACAUGUUUUUGGUUACAUGGA